GGAAAUAUUAGGGUUUAUAUCGAUCAUCAGAUUGGGCGUACGAAGCUGGAUACAUAAUUCCUACGACGCGAAAAUGGAGGAGACAUCAGGGACAGGGCCAUCAAGAAGCAGAAAACGGCAAAGAGAGGAAGAAGAGACCACCGCACCUGAAAGCCAAGACGCCGAUCAUUCGACUUCACUCGAAGAUAAUUUUACGUUCAGCGAUACUCUGGUGGCUCUUCGCAUAAUGCGUGCCCAGUUUCCUCAGAUUGAUAAGGUUUCAAUUCAACCUUUUAUUUUGCGAUCACAAUUGUACAGCAGUGUAAAGGACAGGACACAAGUGGACAGGGAAUUAGAGUCUUUGAGAAGGGAAGGAGUUUUGCGCAUUUUUAAAUUAAACACAGGACAAGAUGAUCAUGCCAUAAUGUUUGUUGAUGACUACUUGAUCCAGAUUGAACGUGCUGUGAAAAGAAUGGAAGCAAAGAAGCAACCUGAUCUUGCAGUUUUCAAAUGGUUUAAAAAUCAUGUCAUCAGCUCUAAGCUAGAUACCAGUAUUGGACACCUAGAGCUUUGUUCAAUGUUAUCAUUAGGGGGAACGGUGAAAGACGAGCACAUCUCUCUCUUGAUUAAUUCUGGUCUUCUGACUCGCCAACUUAUUGAUUCAAACAUGUACUGGUUCGCUCUUCCAAAUAUUGGUUUGAUACUCAAGGGUCUCUCACAGGGAAGAAAGGAGCUUCUGUCAUUUCUCAGCCGCAGAAAAUAUAAGGAGAUGAUGUUGGCUACUUUGGAAAAGAAGCGCCUAAGACUUUCUUCAUUGGAUAUGAGAUUUCAUCUCCGUGAUCUGAUUGGUUCAGGUCACCUCAGAACAGCCCAGACACCAAGUGGCUUAGUCGUUCGGGUUGCAAAGGAUUAGCUCAGGUGUCUGUGGGCUGUGUGAUGAGGCAUGUUUCCAUUGAACUCAAGGGGGAAGAUGAACAUGUAACACGGGUUUGGCAAUUCUCGGCUGAAGCCUCGCAGACCACAGUGAAGCUAUACUUCGCAGUUUUGAAAAUUGACCGACUCAGUCUUUUUCAUGUGAUUAUUGUUGCACAUACAGAGAUGUGAUGAAAUUAGUUUACUUGGUAUAUGAUUUCUAUUUGUUCUUGUUACUCUGUUUAAAACAAUUGAAGAAAGGUUGUAAUAGUGACAGCUACAUCAAUUGAAUCCAAAUCUUCCUUCAAAGGAUCUGUAAAUUACAUCAAUGAUAAAAG